UUUAUUUCGGUGAACUGGGUUACCAUUACCUAAUCCUGAUACCUGUCUCGCGAGAAUCUGCGAGGUGAUAAGUUGGAGAAACAUGGCGACGCCUAAUUUGUUAAAGAACAAGGGGUCCCUGCAGUUUGAGGACAAGUGGGACCUGAUGCGGCCCAUCGUUCUCAAGCUGCUAAGACAAGAGGCCGUCACCAAGCAACAGUGGUUCGACUUAUUCUCUGACGUCCAUGCUGUCUGUUUAUGGGACGAUAAAGGUCCUGCUAAAAUCCACCAAGCCCUCAAAGAAGACAUCCUCGACUUCAUCAAACAAGCACAAACCCGCGUGCUGAGCCACCAAGACGACACGGCGCUGCUGAAGGCGUACAUCGUGGAGUGGAGGAAGUUCUUCACCCAGUGCGACAUCCUGCCCAAACCGUUCUGUCAGCUGGAGAUCACGCUGAUGGGGAAGCAGGGCAGCAACAAGAAAACAAACAUGGAGGACAGCAUCGUACGCAAGCUGAUGCUGGACACGUGGAACGAGUCGAUAUUUUCCAACAUUAAGAGCCGCCUGCAGGACAGCGCGAUGAAGCUGGUGCACGCAGAGAGGCUGGGCGAGGCCUUCGACUCGCAGCUCGUCAUCGGCGUCCGGGAAUCAUACGUCAACCUGUGCUCCAACCCGGAGGACAAGCUGCAAAUCUACAGGGAUAACUUUGAGAAAGCCUACCUGGACUCCACUGAGAGGUUCUACAGAACACAGGCACCGUCCUACCUGCAGCAAAACGGUGUCCAAAACUACAUGAAAUAUGCUGAUGCAAAACUCAGAGAGGAGGAGAAGAGAGCGCUUCGAUAUCUAGAGACACGACGUGAAUGUAAUUCUGUUCAAGCACUUAUGGAGUGUUGCGUUAACGCUUUGGUAACUUCGUUCAAGGAGACCAUCCUAGCCGAAUGUCCAGGAAUGAUUAAACGCAACGAGACGGAGAAGCUGCACCUCAUGUUUUCACUAAUGGACAAGGUUCCCAGUGGGAUUGAGCCCAUGCUGAAGGACCUAGAAGAGCACAUCAUUAAUGCUGGACUGGCAGACAUGGUAGCUGCCGCUGAGACGAUCACUACGGACUCUGAGAAGUAUGUGGAGCAGCUGCUGACGUUGUUUAAUCGCUUCAGUAAACUGGUGAAGGAGGCUUUCCAGGAUGACCCGCGCUUCCUCACAGCAAGAGAUAAGGCUUACAAAGCCGUCGUCAACGAUGCAACAAUCUUCAAGCUGGAGCUUCCUAUGAAGCAGAAGGGAGUGGGAAUGAAAACUCAGCCUGAGUCCAAAUGUCCCGAGCUGCUGGCGAACUACUGUGACAUGUUGCUGAGGAAAACGCCCCUCAGCAAGAAACUUACCUCUGAAGAAAUCGAGCUGAAACUCAAAGAAGUGCUCUUGGUGUUGAAGUACGUCCAGAACAAAGACGUCUUUAUGCGGUACCACAAAGCUCACCUGACCAGGCGCCUUAUUCUGGACAUUUCAGCCGACAGCGAGAUUGAGGAGAACAUGGUGGAGUGGCUGAGGGAAGUAGGAAUGCCUGCUGACUAUGUGAACAAGCUGGCCAGGAUGUUUCAGGACAUCAAGGUCUCAGAGGAUCUCAAUCAGGUCUUCAAGGAGAUGCACAAACACAACAAGCUGGCUCUACCAGCGGACAGCGUGAACAUUAAGAUCCUGAACGCCGGGGCGUGGUCACGGAGCAGCGAGAAGGUUUUCGUCUCGCUGCCGACGGAGCUGGAGGACCUGAUCCCCGAGGUCGAGGACUUCUACAAGAGGAACCACAGCGGUCGGAAACUCCACUGGCAUCACCUCAUGUCCAACGGCAUUAUCACCUUUAAGAACGAGGUGGGCCAGUAUGACCUUGAGGUCACGACCUUCCAGCUCGCCGUGCUGUUUGCCUGGAAUCAGAGGCCGAGAGAGAAAAUCAGCUUUGAGAAUCUCAAACUGGCCACGGAGCUUCCUGACGCGGAGCUGCGCCGAACGCUUUGGUCUCUGGUUGCGUUUCCUAAACUGAAGAAGCAAGUCCUGUCGUAUGACCCGUCCGUUAGCUCGCCCAAAGACUUUACAGAUGCCACGCUCUUCUACGUCAACCAGGAGUUCUCGCUCAUCAAAAACUCCAAAGUCCAGAAGAGAGGGAAGAUCAAUUUGAUUGGUCGGCUGCAGCUCACGACGGAGCGAAUGAGAGAGGAGGAGAAUGAAGGAAUCGUUCAGCUCAGAAUACUCAGAACUCAGGAGGCUAUCAUCCAAAUCAUGAAGAUGAGGAAGCGCAUCAGCAACGCUCAGCUGCAAACGGAGCUGGUGGAAAUCCUGAAAAAUAUGUUUUUGCCUCAGAAGAAGAUGAUAAAGGAGCAGAUCGAGUGGCUCAUCGAACACAAAUAUAUAAAGAGGGACGAAUCGGACAUCAACACCUUCAUCUACAUGGCCUAGGCACCCAGCACCGAGUGCAUUUCCGCUGUUUUUCUUUUACCGCUGGGGCCGCCACCGGCGCUUUGUGAUCCCGAAGAGGAGCCGAACAGAGGGAGAGGCCUGACGAAGGUCGACGGAGGGACGAGGUUGAGCCUUUUAAACAAAAGUGUGGAUGUUUUUUUCUGUUUGUGUGACGCCGGUGUGUCAUUUAAAGAUGUAGCGUUGAGUCGUUGUUUGUCUUCGCUGCCCUCUAGUGUCCAAUCCGGGGAAACGCACGGCACGGCGGGCCUUUUUGCCAGCAGCUCAGCUCAGAAGAAAAACAAAAACAGUUACACACUAAAAAUUAAAUACUUCCUGCCUUACUUUCCUCAGCAGAGAGCUGCAGAAGAGAUGGAGAGUGACGUGUGCUGCGAAGGGAGGACAGUUAUUCGCUUUCUCUUGAGGCCUCGGCUGCCGUCUUUGCGGCGGCCAUCUCUGUGGCGGCCAUCUUGCAUCCCUCCUAUUCGCUAUCGCUCUUGUUGAAACUCAAAAGAAUUGCGAGUGAAAGUUGCCGACCAGGAGGAGCGGAGACUGCGAAAGGACUAGUUCAGAGUACCGAGGAGUAUUUCUUGCCAAAUUGUGUGUGUUUGUGUCGCGUGGGUGUUGCGUGUGUUUGGGUGCAUGACGUGUACGUGUUCUUUUAUGUGUGUGUAUCUCUAUGUGCACUUUCAACAGCAUGCUGCUCUAUGAUUAUUAUUAUUAUUUAGUUUUUUUCCAUCAACGGAAAAACGAUCACACUUUGUGAUGGAGGUAAUGGAAACCGAGGAUCUGCCACAGUUACAAAGUCGAUUUUUGAUUUUCUUACUCUGCCAUGUGAUUACAGUUAAACAGUUUAUAUUUUUAGUCCAUUGCUGAACCGUUAUCACCCUGCAGACUAUUUAUUUGGUGUGUAAGAACCAAUGAACUCGACAUUAUGAAAUUAAAUUCCAAGCCGGACAAAGUGAAA